AUGACUAAAGAGGAAGUCGACCUAACUUUGUUUUACGUGUACAUAGAUGACAUAAGAAUAAGCAAAAACCCCGACAGGAAAGUUGCAAUAGACGAAUUUCCAAGCGACAGGUAUUUGAAUGUUGGAAAUUUAUUUGGAAGAGACACAUAUGUCCGCUUGACACGCCAGUGCGAGUAUGUUUUCACCUCGAUGAUUGAAGGUUUCGAUGGAUUUCAAACCAUAGAGGAAUACGUGACACAUUGGUUUAAUAGAAGGAAGAUGCGAAAGCUUGGGUUUUUGGUGACCGUUGGUGUGUAUUCGCAUGGUAUAGUAAUCAAUGGAGAUGGAAGUGUCAGUUUGUUUGACUCCCAUGGGCAGCUGAAAUACGAAGGAAAAUUGAUCACGUCUUUGGCCGGAGCUUUGAAUUUUCCUUCGGUCAAAGAGCUUGCUGUUUUUUUGAUAAGUAUGUAUGGUGAGGGCAGAAGCGCUGCAAUUGCUCUGGUCAGUGUGCGUUCCCCCGGAUCAUCUCGCAGAGGGGUUUGCAAGAAUGCCACUGAUCAUGAGCAAGCUGAAUUUGGUUAUCAACCAUUCUGCAUGAAAGCAACUGACACUUCGGCGAGCUAUAUCCUGCCAGAAAUCCAAAUAGAAGGCGAGAAUGUGAAUGAGAAUGUGAAAGUAUUGGAGGAAGAUGAUGUGUCACCGUAUGUUAUGCUUUUAGGAGGUGGGACUUAGAGCGCAGGGCCGAGUGAGAUGGAGGAGGGAGGAGACGGAGGAGGGAGGGGCUAGCAAGUUCUGUCGUGAUGAAUAAAUGGUAUGUACAAUAAAGAGAUGGUCUUUGGCUUUCAGCGUUCAAUCAUACAAUCUAUCUAUACACAAAUAGUCUAUAUUUAGAUAACUAGUCUAUAUUUAGAUAAUUCACUAUAAAAGAGGAUACUGUAACUGUUAUUUUUCUCACUAUUGGUUUAUUGAAAGUAUAUAGUUUUUGUUAGAAUUUUUUUUAUCAAGUAUUUAUAUGAUCUAUGCAUGAGUACAAUAGUAUU